UACAGCCCCUGGGAUGUGGCGAAUGUAACAAAACAUGAAUCCAGCUAGAUGAGUGCUCUAUUUCACACGGGAAGACAAAGUCAUCAUGAGAUGGCCAGGCAAAGUACUGGAGGCCCGACUACGAGCAUCACUGAGGCGGCUUUUUAGACGGCGAAAACGCAGAUCUCAAAGGUUGGGUUUGCCUAUGAUGAGUAGGCCUUGUUCUGGGGAGAACUGUCCGAACUACCACGCAAUCAGUCCAUACAGUCGGUGGACAGAUAACGAUGUGUCGCUGGGAUACAGACAGUCGUUCAAGGACACUUCUCCGGUUAGACCUUAUUCAUCCGGCAUAUAUGGUAUUCAAACCCAAGGAAUAGUCAGUCCAACUUAUUCUCCGUUUCUCAAUGAAAUCUGUACGAAGAAGCUCUCGAAGUCGGAUGCCAGCGUCAAUACCGAUGUUAGUUCCGUAUAUCAAGUGCAUGAUGCCUUCAGUCAAGUAGAGCCCGGCGAACCAGAUAAAAUCCUAAACAAUACCUAUACCGAUAAUGCGAUGUAUCUACACGAACCGAGACAUUACAGAAGCAAUAUGCUCACAAGCUCAACAGAUUCUAAGGCACAAAAUGAGUUCCAACCAAGGAGGGAAAUGCAAAAACAUAUGAGUGCUACCUUUAACCCGAAGGCCUCAGAAAUACAAAACGAUAUAAUGCUGGUUGAACCAUAUUACACUGAUCCUUCUCCAGUUGAAGGCACCGAGAUUUCAAAGCGAUCAACUUCUACCCCGAAAAGGAAACAAUUUUAUGCCGGAGAUUCAUAUUUGAGAAUGAAUGUGCCUACACCGGACUGUUUACGACUGCCAGCUUGCAGUCCAAACAUCAAUACACGUUCGUCUUACGAAAUGGACUUGGCUCAAAGACCGUCAACCGAUGACAUGGCGCCAAAAUUUAUAUCAUUUGAGCCGCAGAUUAACGUUGGAAACAGCAGAAAACACUGCAAUUUAUCACAGUGUUCUUUUGCCGGCAACAACUGGAUCAAGCUUUUCCAUGAUGAAUCAGUACAACUGAAAGAAGAAUCACACUCAACGACGUCAGGUCAACUCCAACUUAUCAGCGACCUACUGGUUUCGCCUGUACAAGACCGGUCUCUAUCUUGUUCACAUCAAAAGUCGGCUAAAGAAUGUGGCGAUGAGGAUAUGCUACUGACAAGGCAAAAACGGGCAGGUAUUCUAGCAAAGCAACCAAAUAUCCUUCAUAGUAAACAGUUCAGGUCGAAAUCAGCAUAUGAAUCAGUGAAAGCCGAACAGCAAGCGGCAGGGAGCGGACAAGAGCAUUCGAACAAGCUCCGCAGUAGUGCAAUCAAGCCACGCGCAAGCGCGGUGUCCACUGAUCGGAGUUCUGUAGGUUUUCAUGUGCUAGACGAAUGGGACCCUGGUACCGACUCCCUGGAGGAUCAAAAUGCCUGUAGUUCUCGAUCCGGGAGACAGUCACUAUCUAGUCAGAGACGACCAGGGUUGUCUCGUUCAUGCAGCUUUGCGAAAAAAGCUCCAGAAUCUUGCACCAGCUAUCCGUCUACCGCGAGACGGCCAGCGGAUACCGCUUCGCACCGGCUUUCAGAGACACAAAUGAUCUACCAUAACUGCUCCAUGAUAAACAAGGAACUGCCAACCCGUCGGUCAGAGAAAUCGGACCGUUCACUCCCUAAAUCCACACUGUUCCCACAUUCGGCAUCAGAUGAUGGUGAUGCAAGCAAACUUCGUUUUGAACGAUCAGCUGAUAGAAGCUCGAUAUCUUCAAUACACAACCGGCGGUUUGCAGCAACCAAAUCCAUCACAAUGGCUUCUUCAAAGCGCAGCUUUUCCAGAUCACCAUCGCAAAUCAAGAAGCCUCAAAAGCAGAGAGGAGCCUUGCCUGCAAGCAAUGAUCACAACGAAUGCCCUACGGGACGACAUUCAGACAUAAAGCCCGAUAAACCAUGCAUCUGUCUACUGGUCAAACGUAUGGUGAUUGCACAGUCCAAACCGGUGCUCUAUUCCUGGCACCUGCCACUAAAGAAGCCGGUUACCAAUCCAAGGUUGUCUAGAAGCACUUCUGGAAAACCUACAGGAUUUUCAGCAGAAGCAGAGCACCGAGGUGAGACACCCAGCAUCAGCGCCGGGAAAACCCUUGUCCCUAGUUUGCCAAACUUUCAACUAGCUCGCCCAACUCGUAUGGUUCGAGGUGGACAAGGCACCGUGGCAUGGGUGACAAAUGUAAGCACAGGGCAGUUCUAUGCACUGAAAUUUAAACAACGUGAAGGUCGAUCGGAUAGUACGUGGGCCAUCGAACGCCGUGAGGCCAAACUGUUGCGUCAUGCACGACACGACUUUAUCGUACGGCUGUUCCACAUUUAUGAAACAGAGGACACACUAUUCAUGGCUUUGGAAUGGCUGGAUGGUGGAUGCCUUUGGAAUCACAUAGCGCGAACGGGAACCCUUCCUGAAUGUUACGCCACCUACUACGCAGCCUGCAUACUGUGCGCGCUUCGUUACCUACACUCCAUUUCCAUUGUUUACAGAGAUAUGAAGGCAGAAAAUGUUGUCCUUGAUCAACGUGGCCGACCAAAGUUGAUCGAUUUCGGGAUGGCUAAACGGUUCAGAAGUUCAACAGAAGUGGAUCAGAACCAUGAUUCCUUGGAGGAAGGCUCAAAUGAUUCGGAAGAUUUUGACCAACCACCGACAAGAUACUAUUUCGCGGCGUAUUUGGCACCAGAAAUCUAUGACCAUUCGCAGUCGACUUGUCACUUCAUUGAUUCUUGGGGUCUGGGGUAUAUUCUGGUUGAAAUGCUACUGGGGUAUGGCAUUUUCUUGCCCAUGCCUUGGGAAAAAGAACCGGGUCAGCAUUUGAGUGUCGACUGGAAACUCAAUCUACCCAACGACUCAAACUCGAGGCUGUCACAUAUAUGCGGCGACUUUGUGCACAGAAUGUUACUUCGCCUACCAGAAGAACGGAUGACCCUGGAACAGGCAGAAAAGCAUGCCUUUUUUGCACGUGUCUCAUGGUCACGUUUGGGUACAAUUAGGGGACCGGAUCUAUCGAAAUGUCCGGCGAGGAACGCAACUACCACUCAACCAACCGGCCCGGGAGGAGGGGGAAGAAGAUGGCUGACCAAGUCUGACAAUAUCACGCACGUACCGGACAUGGCAUUUGUUCGGGAGUUUUUCGGGACUGCCUCAAACCAAAACGUUAUCUAUACCACUCAUGCGUUCGGACUGGGAGCUCGAAGAUCUAAGGUUGUCAAGCCGAUUCACACCAAGCCGAAUGACGUCACAUUUAAUGAAAGUCGCAGCCUAAAUUACGGGGCCACCGAUCGGUAUCGAGCAGUGAACAGUACGUCCAGGCCUCAAACCUCGCUAAUCGAAAAUGCAAUCGAAAUCCGUGGCAGCCAGCCUGGGCCGAGGGAAGUGAAAAAGGAAAUCAACAAGGUCGUCCGAAAUCCUCGUCGUCAAGGGAUUUCAGCUAAUUAGAUGGUUUUCUCUGAAACUUUCUUGCCAAAAUGAGUUUGAUGAGGAUAUGUUGUGCACUGGAGUUCGUCGAAGUACGCUUAUCUGGUGCAAGAUCAAACGGCUGGUGUAAAAAUCUGUUACGUCAACAUACUGUGACAGUGUUCUGUGGAGGUCAGCACUGUGCGAUGUGACACAAGCUAGUCAAUAUUCGUUUUGUUUGUGGUCAUAUGGGUAGUUCGUGGGAACACUCUUAUACUCGAUUCCCCUAUUGAUGCACGUCCGGUGCUGCUGUAAACUCUGUUAUUUCCUUGCGCCAAGCAGAAUUUAUUGGCAUUAUCGUCG